AUGGAGCAAUGGGUUGGAUGCAAUGCUCUAGUGACCGGAGCUAGUUCCGGAAUUGGUGCUGCAACGGCAAAGAAGUUCAUCGAAGCUGGAAUAAAUGUGAUUGGAAUUGCGAGAAGGCUCGAUCGUUUAGAAGAGCUAAGUCAGCAAAUAUCCACCGACGAAACAAAAUUUUAUCCACUUCAGUGCGAUGUUACGAACGAAACGGAAAUUUUGGGAGUGUUCGAGUGGAUAGAAGCGAAUGUGGGGCCGAUAUCCAUUUUGUUUAAUAAUGCCGGUACUUUAGUCGUAAAUCCGUUAGGCGCUGAUGGCGACCUUAACAUUUGGAAGAGGACGUUAUACACCAAUUGCUUGGCUUUGUCAAUUUUUACGCGCGAAGCCAUUAGGGUAAUGAAGGCGCACGAUAUCGAUGGUCUUAUAAUAAACAAUAGCAGCAUAGCUGCUCGUUACGUUCCAAACCACCCACUCCCGAACAGUUCCCCAAAUGUGUAUCCUGCCACUAAAUUUGCGGUCAACGCUCUUUCGAAUACUUUAACAAAUGAAUUAAGGCACGAGAAGUCAAAAAUUAGAGUUUCGUGUGUCAGUCCUGGAUUAACUCUAACCGAGAUAUUUCGUUAUGAACCUCCUGAAGUUCUGGCCGCUGUUGGAGAUAGUAUACCUUUCUUAACAUCGGAAAACAUUGCUGACUCUGUUAUGUUUAUUCUAUCGACACCGCCAGAUGUGCAGGUAAUUUCCUUAAUAGUCCCGUCAAUCUAUUCCGUUAUUUGUUCUUGAAACGUUUUUCCGGCGCACGCCACCCCGAUCUGAGUGCGCGCUACGGAAUAAAUUUAAAUAAGCGUCAAGUUAACUUGUGAUCAACGCAUUAUAAAUUAACGAUUAAUUUUUAUGGUUACCUUGCUGUUUCUGCUGAAAAUUAACCCUUAAUUUAUAAUACGUUGAUCCAAAUGUAAUGCCAGCGGAUUUUGAAAUUUAA